AUCUGUCGCUUAGAAUUGGACACGCCGGCUAGCGGUGUUUUCAUAAAAAAGUACGAUUCCGUCAUGUCGAAUGUGAUAAAUAAUGCGGGGGAUCCCAGGAGACCAAACAAAGUCGUCAGAUACAAGCCUGCGCCAUCAGGAGGACCACUCGAAGACCCUACCCCUGAUUACAUGAAUCUCCUUGGCAUGAUCUUCAGCAUGUGUGGGCUCAUGAUGAAGUUGAAGUGGUGUGCCUGGGCAGCUGUAUACUGCUCUUUUAUAAGUUUUGCCAAUUCUAGGACAUCAGAAGAUACAAAACAGAUGCUUAGCAGUUUUAUGUUGUCAAUAUCAGCUGUGGUGAUGUCCUAUCUUCAAAACCCUCAGCCGAUGCAGCCCCCGUGGUAACCCAGGCAAUUUGUCAUCCUCAUUGUUGUUGUUACCAUCUUCAACAACUGCCUUAACAUCAAGGAAUUUACUCCAUCUGAGCGAAGAAAACAAAGGGUUUUUACGAAUGAAUUUUGACCCCUUUAACUAAACCUAUUGGGGUAUCCUUGCGAGUUGGAACUCUCCAGAAAGUGAAUGUUUGAAAGUGUGCAUUCUGGAAACAGUAACAGUUGGCAUUAUAAAGGCAGUCCAGCGGAUUUUAAUGUUACCCCAAAAAAAAGAAAAAAAGUCGCUAUUUCCACUGUGACAUGUUAAAUUGGUGCAGUUUGUUUUUAUUUUAUUUGUGACAUGUUUAUUUGGACAGUUGUACCUGAAAAUCGUCCAAUAAAUGGACAUGAGAUUUUAAACCCAUGCCUUUUAGCACAGGACAUGUGUAUCCAUUACAUUGUGUGGCACAAAUUGUGGAUUUGUAGGAGGUGUGGAAAUGGUUUAAUAAUAAAGUCACACAAUUUACGAAAUAUAACAAUAAAUAUUGUGCAUCUGGUUACAAAAAAAAUAUAUAUAAAAAAAAAAUCCAAAGAGUAUAUAAAAAAACAUGUGCAGCAGGAUUCUGUGCAAAUCCCUUGUAACUUUAAAAUUUUGAAAAUGUUGUAAGGAUUGUAUAUUGUAAUUCUGUUAUAAAUACACUACUCAGUUUUGCUGGAUUUUCAUAUUGUGUAAUAAAACAAAUUCCAGCUAACCAUGAA